AUGUUUAAUAAACUGAAAGCAAGAUUCACCAAAGUGAAGCCAAAACCAGAGGAGGAAAAGUCCAAGGAUGAAGAGGCCCCUCCUAACCCACCACCCCAACAGCCGCCACCCACAGGGCAGAUGGAAGGAUAUCCGGAAAAUGAGGUUCGUUUAUUUAAUGUUCUUGAAAUUGUACCCAUCUGGGAUGAAAAUAAAAACAAAAAUGAGCCACAGAAAGGCGAGACUGAUAAUACUGCACAACCAGAACCAAAGCAACAAGAUGCAGACACAGCUCCAGGAAAGGCAAAGUCAGCAGAACCAACUGGAACAAUACAGGAACAGAGUCAACAGCCCAACAGUAGGAAAGAUGAUGAUGCUAACUCAUCUCAAGGCCGUGUUGUAAAUGAGUAUACUGAAGCCCAACUGCAAGAGAUUGUCAAAAAAAUGAGGGCAAGGACAUCAGCCUAUAAAGAAAAACUGACUGACCCACUACAGUCCUCUCCUGAGGGCAGUCCUACAUCUUCUCCAUCUAAAAAGAAGCCUCCGCCUCCACCCCCACCAAAAGAAGAGAAAAAAGAUGAAGAAAAAAAAGAGGAAGGUGAUGCCAAGCCAGAGGAUCAUUACUGUGACAUGCUGUGCUGUAAAUUCAAGAAACCACCAUUGAAAGAAUACCUGAAGAAGAUGGAGCUACCAGACAGUAUAGAUGCAUACACAGAUCGCCGCUAUGUAGUGUGGCUCCUGAUUGUUACCAUUGCCUAUAACUGGAACUGCUGGUUCAUUCCACUGCGCUGUGUGUUCCCAGUGCAAACACCAAGCAACAUAUUCUAUUGGAUCCUCAUAGACACCAUUUGUGAUAUUUGCUACUUGUGUGAUCUGUUGGUGUUCCAGCCCCGAAUGCAAUUUGUAAAAGGUGGCGAUAUAAUAUCAGACAAAGUAGAAAUGAAGAAACACUACCAGACAUCUCUGAGGUUUCGGCUUGAUGCGGCAUCAGUAAUACCAGCUGAUGUUUUAUACUUCAUCUUUGGGUUUAACCCAGUGUUUAGAGCAAACAAGCUGUUAAAGCAUAUGGCCUUCUUUGAGUUCAAUGACCGGUUGGAAGCUAUCCUGGAUAAAGCAUACAUCUACAGAGUCAUUCGAACAACUGGAUACCUGCUGUUUAUCUUGCACAUUAAUGCAUGUAUUUAUUACUGGGCCUCAGAUUUUGAAGGAAUUGGCAGCACCAGAUGGGUGUAUGAUGGCAAAGGAAAUAUGUAUCUGAGGUGUUACUACUGGGCAGUGCGCACUUUAAUUACCAUUGGUGGUCUUGCGGAACCGCAAACCCUCUUUGAGAUAAUCUUUCAGCUACUGAAUUUUUUCACGGGUGUCUUUGUGUUCUCCAGCUUAAUUGGUCAGAUGCGGGAUGUAAUUGGAGCAGCUACAGCAGGACAGAAUUAUUACCGUGCCAACAUGGAUAACACCGUCUCUUACAUGAACACCUAUACAAUUCCAAAAGUAGUUCAGAAUCGUGUUCGAAGGUGGUACGAAUACACAUGGGACUCUCAAGGAAUGCUGGAUGAAUCAGAAUUACUGGAGCAGAUGCCAACCAAAAUGCAGUUAGCCAUUGCAAUUGAUGUGAACUUUGCCAUUGUCAAUAAAGUUGACUUAUUCAAAGGGUGUGAUACUCAAAUGAUUUACGACAUGCUGCUGAGACUGAAAUCCAUUGUGUAUUUACCUGGUGACUUUGUCUGCAAAAAGGGAGAGAUUGGCAGAGAGAUGUACAUCAUCAAGCAGGGAGAAGUUCAAGUUCUUGGAGGCCCAGAUGGUACAAAAGUCCUGGUUACCCUGAAAGCAGGAGCUGUAUUUGGAGAGAUAAGCCUAUUAGCGGCAAGUGGAGGAAAUCGGCGGACCGCUAACGUGGUGGCACAUGGAUUUGCCAAUCUUUUUAUUCUAGACAAGAAGACUCUCAAUGAAAUCUUGGUGCAUUAUCCAGACUCGGAAAAGCUCCUGAUGAAGAAGGCUAAAGUGCUGCUCAAGGAGAAGGGUAAGCCCGCUGAAGGGCCACAAGUGCAAACAAAAGGCUUGUCCAGUCUCUUUGCAACAAAACCAGAAACUCCCAAACUAUUCAAAGCAAUGUUUGGAGGGACAGGAAAAGGAGGCCUAGCUAUGCUGCUCAAGAUGAAGAGACAGCAAGCUGUUCAGGAAAAAACUGAAGAAAAGAAACCUGAGCCAGAGGAAAAGAAACCUGAGCCAGCACCAGAACCCACAGCCCCACCUAAACCAUCUGUGCAAAUGGAAGAGCCAGGUGAAAAUUUUCAACCUCCACCUAAACCGGUUCUGCUCAGAGGAACCACUAAUAAGUCCCUUAUCAUCAGCAUGGCUCCUUCCCCUAUAGCAGGAGAAGGAGAGGUUCUCACUGUUGAGGUCAAAGAAAAGAGACAGGAGUAGAUGGUGGACUGAGUUGUGAUCAUACCUAGAAUCUUUCUGAGGAGAGAGAGGGCACGGUGUGGCUUUGCAUCAGAGUGCAGAACUAUUCUCUUCCCUCAUCCCAGGGAGAGGAUGUACUUUGUCUCCAGACCUUGAUUGUGGGGUAUAACAUUUUGUGUAGCAAAGUAAUUAGAGCACAGAUUGCACCCUUAGGCCUAUUUAUUUCUUGCUUCCUCCAUGUUCUCACUCAUCUCUUACUCUUCACUCCUACUUCUCCUUCUCCUCCUAGUUCUCUCUUUAUUACUCUUCCUCGGGGUUUUCCUCUUGAUUGGUUUGAUCUUUGUUUUCCAUGUGUCUCUUUUUUCUAUUUUCUAUUCUGGUUUCCUAUCAUAAUCCUUUACCUUGUUACUGCAUUAAUAUUGCUGAGGUUGUUAAUAUUUGCCCUUAUUUGCCCUCUCUCCUCAUUUUAUAUUUCUAACAAGUGACUGGCUUUUGUAACCAACAUGGGCUCAAUUCAACUAGUUCAUGGUUUCAGUGCUUUCAGUUUUGAUCUCCAGAGGGCAGAAGACAACACUGCAAAACCAUCAUCAAUAAAAGUCAGUGCAAUCACCAAAAAGACAAAGGGGAUAAUGAUCCUGCAGAUCUCAAUGUCACCUUGAAACUGUUGAAAAUAGGAGCCUUCAGUUCAGUAAAGGUAGCUGAAUAUACGGAGUAAAAAACUAAAGCAAUGUUUUUCAAAAGUGGCCUUUAAUUUUGGGUGCUCUACUUCAUAUAAUCAUAGCCUGACUUUCAUAGGUGCUGAGCAACCCCAACUCUACCUGAAGUCCAUGGGAACUGCAGGUGGCUCACCACCUCUGAAAAGGAAGGCCUCAGUAUCUGAAGUUGAACACUCACAAUUAAAGGCUGUUUUUGAAAAAUGUGGACCAUUACACCUUGUAGCUACUGCUAUAAGACUGCUGAUCUUUUCGUCAGUCGGUCACAGACAAUCAGUUCCUGCAGUCAUGAUUCAGGCAAAAUUUCGAACUGGGUGGGAAAUAAUUUUGCCAGUCUACAUUCGGACAAACCCAACACCUUUCAAAGAGUAAUGAAAAAUGAGAGCACCACCCCUGAGAAUAGCUAAUAGUCUGGUGAUUACGGUAUGUGCUUGACAGACCUGAGUUCAAGUCCCUGAUCCAAAUCAGGCAGAACAACAACUUCAUACCCGGCCUCCAAUAUCCCAGGUGAGUGCCCUAACCACUGAGAUAUUGGCUCUUCUUGGUGUGUGUCUGGCCAGAUAGUUUCUCAGGGUUGAGGAUAGACUAUUCCUGAGAGAAGCUAAUCAAACUGGUUUUAUUGAAAAAUUCCUAACCAGCUCUAACUACCUGAAGGGGGUUCCAAAGAGGAUGGAGCUCGGCUGUUCUCAGUGGUG